AUGUAUGAAGCCGGGAUGAUCGAAGAGGUUGCGAGAGACAAAAACCUUGCACUCGGCGACUCCGGCAGCUUGAGGGGCACGACUUAUAACAACAGCGUUCUCCCUCGAUGCAGAGCAAUGGUGGAGGCCAUUGGACAGCGCAUGGCCUACGAGGCAGCCCGGGCGCAAGGCAACAUCGCGCCCGAGGUGCUCAACGUGUUUGAAAAGUCUUGCAUUCAGAAGGAUCCAUCCUGGUUUGUCGAACAUGGCCACGGCACUCGAUCUGCGUUGCGGGACGACGAGAACAGGGCAUACUCCAACUUGCUGCCCCUCUUGCCCACGCUAAUGGAAAGGGCCAAUGCUAAAGACUACAUCACUGCGCCGUUGGUUGAAGAGGGAGACAUGGAGGACUUCAUCAAGGCCCUGCCGGCUUUCGGGGCUCGUACGGACGACGUGGUAGCAGAACAGGCCCCAAAGUCGAAACUUUGA